GUCAAUUAUCCACCAUAGCACAGGUACGACUCCUCAAGGACCAUACUAGCAGGUAAGAUGCCUCGAGAGUGGGUGAUACCAUGGCUCAUCCUGUGUCUUGGACCGUCUCCAUCUCAUACUGAUAUGUCGAUGAGUGAUGGAAAAAUGCCAGUAAUACGAGAAGUGACACUCCCCAACAGCCACCAGUUCUGCAGCACAUGGGGAAACUACCAUUUCAAGACUUUUGGAGGGAAAUUCUUCCAGUUUCCAUUCACUUGUAACUACAUUUUCGCCACCCACUGUAAAACUAGUUAUGAGGUUUUCAAUAUACAGCUACAGCGAGAGGAGGUCGAAGGGGUUGUCACCAUCAAGAGGGUCAUUAUGAAGCUGGAUGGUUUGGUGGUGGAAUUAGCAAGCAGUUCAAUCACAGUUGAUGGUAAUGGUGUUACCAUGCCUUACAAAAAGGCUGGCCUUUCCAUUGGCAGUUUUUCUUCCUAUGUCAAAAUUGAGACAAGUUUGGGCCUGGUUGCCAUGUGGAAUCAGGAAGACUCAUUUUGGGUGGAGCUGGAUUCAAGAUUUCAAAAUCAGACUUGUGGUCUUUGUGGAGAUCUUGGUGACAUCAAUUCUGCUGAUGAUUCAGUUCAGUCAGGUAAAUACCUAAUUCUGCAUAAAACAGACAUACAUAAAUCAUUCUUAGAACAUGUUAAAUUCCUUGCUCCACAGAGAACUUCAUCGAUGCUGAAAUUUAUGCUGAAAGUUUUCAAGUGAAGGAUCCAUCAGGAAACUGUGAAUCUGUCCCCUCCCAAUCCCAAAUUUGUACAAAUCAAGACCCGCAAAUCAGUCUCUGCAAAGAUCUGAUUGCUGGACCUGCUUUCAGUAGUUGUCCAGACCUGCUGAACACUGACCCCUUC